CAGACAAGUGCUACAGGGUUUCUCUUGAUGGGUUUCUCUAUUGACCCAAGCAACCAGAAUGUUCUUUUUGUCAUAGGGCUGUUUAUCUAUUUGUUAACAUUAGGAGGGAAUCUAGCCAUCAUUACACUCAUCAUGAUAGAUCAGCAUCUCCAAACUCCUAUGUACUUUCUCCUUGGCAAUCUCUCUUUUGUGGAGAUUUGCUGCACUUCCACUACUGCCCCUAAAGUGCUAUGGGACCUCUUGUCAGGGGAUAAGACCAUUUCCUACAUAGGAUGUGCUUUACAAUUAUAUUUCUUUGGUACUUUUGGAAGCACAGAAUGUGUUCUUCUCUCAGCUAUGGCAUAUGAUCGUUAUGUAGCUGUUUGUCACCCCUUGCACUACAAUCUGCUCAUUAACCAAACAGUACGUCGACGUUUGUUGGCAGCCUCCUGGAUUAUUGGCCACUUCAAUUCCACUAUUAAUACAGCCAUGGUCUUUUCCCUACAUUUCUGCCACUCUAAUAAAAUCAAUCACUUUUUCUGUGACAUUCCUCCCUUACUACACUUAUCUUGUUCUGAUAUCUUUGUUAGCCAGAUGGUGACCUUCACCAUCUCUGGUGGUAUUAUGAUUGUAUCAUUUGGCUUAACCCUUCUUUCCUAUGUUUUCAUUGUUUCCUCUGUCCUCAAAAUCCACACUGCUAAUGGUAGGAUGAAGGCAUUUUCCACCUGUGGAUCACAUCUCACUGUGGUGAGCAUCUUUUAUGGCACUCUGAUGUACACCUACAUAAGGCCUUCCUCUGCUCACUCCAUAAAAGAAGACCCCCUAAUUUCAAUUCUAUACACCACCAUUAUACCGUUGGUCAAUCCCUUGAUCUACAGCUUCCGAAACAAGGAAGUGAAAGGGGCUCUUUACAAAGUUCUUAAUUUAAAAAUUUGUUAA